AUGUCUGAAUCUGAGCACCUGCGCCAGGCACACCGUGCCGAGAAAGACCUCAACUCCUACCAGGCCAAGCAGGGCCUCGGUCGCAAGAGUGACUCUAGUAUGCUUGUUUCGUUUCCGCCCGAUGCGAACUAUUCACUGACCGAUCUGAUAGCUCUUGAAUCCGGUGUAGAUGAGAUGGUCAACCAGCGAUUUCCCCAGGCCACGACAGUGAAGUACGGUCCGGGCUCAACGGCGUCUGGCAGCGACCACCGCAAGGUGCCCGAGGACGAAGGCGGCACCCGGGAUGACCGUGGCAGACUUCCCCAAGCAAGCCAGUUCCAGGGUGCCGGCGGCCCAGAGGACAACGUGAAGAUCGAAUCGGAACGGCGCCCGGGCGAUCAGGAUACUCUAAACCUGCAGGAUAUGAAGCGUCGAGGUCUGGCAAAGUAA